ACUUUCUCUCUCCAAAAUUUCCACCUUUCUCUCUCUCUACAAAUGGAAGAAGAAGAUCAACGCAAGCUCACAGAUCUAGUCGUCGAACUGGUUCGUCGCCUACUCUCUCAAAACCCACUAAACCCCCAAACCCCUUACUCCGAUCCCGACCUUCGUUCGCCCCAUUUCCAGCAAUCUCUCAGCUAUGCAGUCCGCAUUCUCUCCAGCCGCCUCACGCCCUCAAUUGCCCCUGAUGCUGCUGCCAUCGCUGAGUCCAUCAAGCGGCGUCUCGCCACUGAAGGUAAGUCUGCAGAUGCCCUCACUUUUGCCGAUCUUUAUGCCAAGUUUGCAUCGAAAACGGGUCCGGGUAGUGUGAAUAAUAAGUGGGCAGUGCUUUAUUUGCUUAAGAUUAUAUCCGAGGAUAGAAAGAGUGCGAGAAAUGGACUUGAUUCUUCGGUUUUCUUGCCCAAUUUGGCGUUAAAUGGCGUUGAGGGGGAGAAUAGUUCGAGGGUUUUGCGUGGGAGAGAGAGUAGAGAAAAGGGUUGGAGUAAUGGAGUUUUGUUGGUGGCCAAGGACCCGGAGAAUUUGCGUGAUAUUGCGUUCAAGGAGCUGGUGAAUGUGGUGAAAGAGGAGAAUGAGGUAUCUGAGGAGGUUUUGGUGCGGGAUGUGUUGUAUGCUUGUCAAGGGAUUGAUGGGAAGCAUGUGAAAUUUGAUAGUGAUGUGGAUGGGUACGUUUUGUCAGAUUCAAUUAAGGUGCCUAAAGCUACCCGAAUUAUGGUGAGGAAGCUUUGUGAAUUGGGGUGGUUGUUUAGGAAGGUAAAAGGAUAUAUUUCAGAGAGUAUGGAUCAGUUUCCAGCCGAGGAUGUAGGGACUGUUGGUCAGGCAUUUUGUGCGGCACUGCAAGAUGAGUUAUCAGAGUAUUAUAAAUUGUUAGCUGUGCUUGAAGCUCAGGCCAUGAAUCCAAUUCCAUUGGUUUCAGAAAAUGCAAGUUCAGGUAACUAUUUGUCCUUGAGAAGGUUGUCAGUCUGGUUUGCAGAGCCAAUGGUGAAAAUGCGGUUAAUGGCUGUUUUGGUUGAUAAAUGUAGGGUUUUGAGGGGUGGGGCAAUGGCUGGUGCUAUUCAUUUGCAUGCCCAGCAUGGUGACCCUCUUGUACAUGACUUUAUGAGACGGUUGCUCAGGCGGGUAUGCUCUCCACUUUUUGAAAUGGUGAGGAGCUGGGUUUUGGAAGGGGAGUUGGAAGAUAUUUUUGCUGAAUUUUUUAUUGUGGGACAACCUGUGAAGGCUGAAUCCCUUUGGAGAGAAGGUUACAGGCUCCAUGCAGGAAUGCUUCCUUCUUUUAUCUCACAGUCUCUUGCACAGCGUAUUCUGAGGACUGGCAAGUCAAUUAAUUUUCUUCGUGUUUGUUGUGAUGACCGAGGCUGGGCAGAUACUGCAACAGAGGCUGCAGCUGCAGCUGGAACUACAACUAGAAGAGGGGGCCUGGGAUAUGGAGAAACUGAUGCUCUUGAGUCUCUGGUUGUCGAAGCAGCUAAGAGAAUUGAUAAGCAUUUAUUGGAUGUCAUGUAUAAGAGGUAUAGGUUUAAAGAACACUGUCUUGCAAUCAAGCGCUACUUGCUUCUAGGGCAAGGUGAUUUUGUGCAGUAUCUAAUGGAUGUUGUUGGGCCAGAACUUUCUGAGCCUGCUAAUACUAUUAGCUCAUUCAAACUAGCAGGGUUAUUAGAAAGUGCAAUUCGGUCAUCUAAUGCUCAGUAUGAUGAUCCUGACAUAUUAGAUCGCUUGAGGGUGAAGAUGAUGCCACAUGGCUCUGGAGAUCGGGGAUGGGAUGUUUUCUCAUUGGAAUAUGAUGCAAGGGUUCCAUUAGAUACAGUUUUCACUGAGUCAGUUAUGACGAGGUAUUUGAGGAUUUUUAAUUUUCUAUGGAAGCUGAGACGGGUAGAGCAUGCACUAAUUGGUGCUUGGAAGACAAUGAAACCCAAUUGCAUCACUUCUCAUUCAUUCAAUAAGCUGCAACACGCUGUAAAAUUGCAGUUGCUUUCAACACUAAGGCGAUGCCAGGUUCUUUGGGAUGAAAUGAAUCAUUUUGUUUCAAAUUUGCAAUAUUAUAUCAUGUUUGAAGUAUUGGAGGUGUCCUGGUCAGAUUUUUCUAGUGAAAUGGAAGUAGCCAAAGAUCUUGAUGAUUUACUUGCAGCACAUGAGAAGUACCUCCAUUCAAUUGUGGAAAAGUCUCUCCUUGGUGAGAGAUCACAAAACCUUUACAAGUCACUCUUUGUUCUAUUUGACCUCAUCUUGCGAUUUAGGAGUCAUGCAGAUCGGUUAUAUGAAGGAAUUCAUGAGUUGCAAGCAAGAACCGUUGAUUCCUCUUUACCUUCCCGUGACAAGAACAAAUCAAGGAAGCAAACAAAUGAUAGGUCUUCAGAGCCUGGGACUUGGCUUAGUGAUGGUAGGAAGGCCCUAACACAACGUGCUGGUGAGUUCCUUCGAAAUAUGCAACAGGAUCUGGAUGCAAUAUCUAAGGAGUAUACAUCAUUGCUUGAGGGUUUCUUAGCUCAGCUACCAGUCCAGCAACACAUUGAUUUAAAAUUCCUGCUCUUCCGGCUUGACUUCACUGAAUUUUAUAGGCAGUUACAUCCUACAAAAUAGAAGAGCUGUCAAUGCAUUUGGAUUCAAGGAACUGUUUGUUCAGAGUGCUUCAAUUCACUAACUGCUUGCUGCCCUGGUGCUGUCGGGUUAAACAAUCACAUGGUGCCUGGCAGGCAGCCAUCUGCACUGACCAUUUUGUAUUCCUUUACUUGAUCUUAGAUGGUGUGCUCUCUAAUGGCUUAAAUGAAGGCUUACACGUGGGUAUGAGGUAUUUUUGUACAAGUGUGUUUGGGUGUUUGACGUGAUAAUGUAUGCUUGUUGAAUCUAAUAGUCCAAUAAUUCAUUGGUAUUCGAGCUGUCUCCUGAGCUUGUGAUUAUGUAUCAAGUUUUCUCCUUUUUUUUUUUUUUUUUUUUUUAAAAUAUCAACAAUUCAUGCUACAAGUGUUGAUUUUGAUUCAGGUUUACUUCUUUUGGCCUCACUUGAUCAUUGGCAGCAUGUUAUACCAGAAUGUGGCACUCUUGUCACUGCUAUAGGAAGUAUGAUGAUACUCAUAACUCUUUUCUGAAACAAUAUAUAUGAUCUUACACG